AUGACUUUGUUUCACAAUGAUGCCCCAAUUCUUAAAAAGCAUAAUCAGACAAGGAUUCACGACUUACCUGAAGAAUUGCUAGCAGAAAUUCUCAAACUACUUCCUGUCAAACAUAUAUUGCAUUGCCUGUGCGUCCAAAAGUCGUGGUAUUAUCUCAUACGAUCUCCUAUGUUUAUCACACUUCAAUUAGAUUAUCAGAAGACCCCUAAUAAUCAUCAUCCUAAAUAUCUGUAUUUCGAAAAUGCUUAUACUGAUGUGCUGUCACUACGUUUUGAUGAUGUACAAUGUCAAGAAUACUGCACACUCAAAACUCUUCCUGGCUUGCCUCAACAUUCCUGGCGGGCACUAUCAUAUGGUUUAAUCUGUGUGUCAACUAUACUCUGGCCGCCUCGUAAUGCUACUCAAAAAAUAUAUUUGUGGAAUCCUCUUGUGCAAAAAUAUAAAACUCUUCCAGAUUCGCCUCUUCCAAUUACCAAGACUAAGUGGAAGGCUUUAGCUUUUGGGUUUGUGCCAGAAAUCAAUGAUUAUGUUGUGGUGCAUGUUGUCAGUCCUUGUUUGCAUUUGAGCCACGGAGAAUCUGAUCCCCACUCAGUCAUCAUUGGUGUUUAUAAUCUAAACACCGAUUCUUGGAAGAUGUUAACUCAAGAUGAUGUCUUUGUUCGUAUGAUCAGUGAUAGUGACACUGUUUUCUUUAAUGCUGCUGCAUUUUGGGUAGGGAUUAGUUUGGACAAACGUAGAAUACUUAUGUGCUUUGAUACCAAGACCGACAUACUGCGUGAAAUCUCAUUGCCCAACUAUGUUCCAUAUACGCCUGGUAAUCCUAUUAUUCAUCUAUUUGAUCAGUAUAUUGCUUACUUUGUUUGGGACAGCGGAUAUGAUUAUUUUGACAUGUGGGUAUUAAGAUACAAUUCCAUAAAUGAUUUUUUUUGGGAGAAGAAGAUGAGUAUUAGUCCAAAUAAAGAUAUUCGUGUGGAGGUCUUGGGUGUAAGGAACAAUGGUGAACCAAUUCUUGCAAGAUCAUAUGACUUGAUUUCAUAUAAUCUAGAUAACCACGAGGCAAAGAAUUUUGUUGAUUCAUGGGAUAGUUGGACUCCUUACAAAUAUUACGAGGAAGGCUUUGCACCACCUUUUUUCAUCAGUCCUUUUGUGGAGAGUCUCGUCUUGCUUGAUAUAGGUUGA